AUGGAAGCUCCCGAAUCAAGGGUCUUGAUCAUAAUUACGGGAGGUACGAUAUGUAUGCAACCAUCCGAAAAUGGUCUUGUGCCAGGUAAAGGAUUCUUGAAAAAUGGACUGGCUCCCCGACCCUCGUUCAACGACGGCUCAUAUCCUGAACCUCUCGAGAUUGUGACGGACGGAAAAGGCACUCGCAAGGCCGUGCAGAGCUUGCGCACUCCUCCAAGCACUUACGGUCGGCAGGUCCGAUACAGUGUUCUCGAAUUUGAACACUUGCUUGACAGCAGCAGCAUUGAUGCCGAAGGCUGGGACCAGAUCGCAAGAACGGUUGAACGGAACUAUCAACUUUACGAUGGCUUUGUUGUCCUACACGGAACCGAUUCACUGGCUUACACCAGUAGUGCGCUCAGCUUCAUGCUUCAAAAUCUCGGAAAGCCCGUCAUUCUUACUGGAUCGCAAGCACCAAUGAUGCAACUGCAGAACGACGCCCAGGAUAACCUGCUGGGAGCCCUCGUCAUCGCUGGUCAUUUCAUGAUUCCGGAAGUCUGCUUGUUCUUCAACUUCAAGCUCUUCAGAGGCAAUCGCGCCACCAAGGUUUCAGCCGACGACUUCAAUGGAUUUGCCAGUCCCAACAUGCCUCCCCUUGCUACUAUCAGCAGUCUGAGGACGAAUGUGGAUUGGGACCUGGUUUACAGACCGAGAAUCGUCAAUCCCUUCUGUGUGCAUUCAAACUUGGACACUGCCCAUGUGGCUUGUCUGCGUGUGUUCCCCGGCAUCAAGCCAGAGAUGGUCGACCUAUUCCUUCGCACAGACGGACUCAAAGGACUGGUACUCGAGACUUUUGGCGCCGGAAAUACACCCGGAGGACCGGACUCACCGAUGACCAGGGUUUUGGCUGACGCCGUCAAGCGCGGAAUCGUCAUCGUUAACGUCACACAAUGUCUCAGUGGAAGUGUCAGCCCACUGUACGCCCCAGCAACCUAUCUCGGCCGCGCAGGCGUAGUGUUCGGUCAAGACAUGACCACCGAAGCUGCAUUGACCAAGCUUUCAUAUCUGCUCUCGAUGCCUGGCUCGACCCCUGAGGAUGUGGCCAAACAGAUGCACAACUCGCUCAGAGGUGAGCUGACAGAGAGAGGAAGAACGCAUUUCCAGCAUCCUACUAGCGGCACUUUGACUCCAGAAAUCUCGAGUUUGACUGCGCUGGGAUAUGCCAUACAAGACGGAGAUGCCUUGAGCGUUAGAGACGUAGUAAGGGGCGAGAACCGUUGGCUUCUCAAUGACGUGGACUACUCAGGAAAUACACCUGUGCAUCUUGCCGCGACCGGACCCAAUGUUGAUGUGCUAAAGGAAAUGCUCAAUCUUGGUGCUAGCGUCCAUCUUCGCAAUCGCAAUGGCCGCACGCCACUCUUCGUCGCUGCCCAUGCUGGUCUUCCUCACCAUGUUGAGGCUUUGAGAGAAGCAGGCGCACAUUUGCACUCUGACGAGCUGGCCACAGCUAAGAUAUUCUCCAAGUCAGAUCCUCAUCCAGAUGUCUGGACGCUUGCCGGCGUUGAAGAGCAUUGA